AUGUGGAACAUCAGGGUUUUAAGAUUCCUGAAAGGCAUCUACCAAGGGAAUGAAAUCCGAGCACAAAAGGUCCAGACCUCCGGGAAGCUGGGCCCACCCCACACAGCCCUCUCUCCGGACACAGCGAAGGGGGUCCCCCCACGUUCCCUGCCCCGCCUGGCGGCCGCACACCUCCCACAGCCCUCGGCCGCCGCCACUGGGAGCCGCCAGUGGCUCCGCCGGGCGCGCACCGGAGAGUUCGGGGGCAGCGAUCGGGGCGGAGACAGCACGGGGUCGGAAACACUCGGGCACCUCCGCCGGCCGCGCAGCUUCUGCCGGGGGAUCCCCGCCUCGGGCGGCAGCGAGCGACUUGAUAUCUGCAAGUUCCCUGCCUUGACAAGGAUCAUCAUGGAUAGUGUGUUCUUAACAGAGGACAAAGCCAAUUCUGUGUUAAAAAGAUACCCAAGAGCCAACACGUUUUUUGAAGAAUUCAGGCAAGGUGACAUAGAGCAUGAAUGCAGAGAAGAAAUCUGUAGCUAUGAAGAAGCAAGAGAAGCAUUUGAAAAUGAGGAAAAAACGAAGGAGUUCUGGAAAGUCUACAAAAAUGGACUUCAGGGAGAAAGUAACACAGGACAUAACUGGUAUUCAUUUUACCUUGCAUUUCCAUUAAUCAUUGGCCUUUUCAUUAUCCUCAUUGUCGUUUUUGUCAUAUGGAGAUGCCUGUUUAAAAAGAAAAUGCGUAGACAGUCGGUGUACGUGCGUAGGGGAGCCCACGAAGCGAUGGGUGACGGUGCAGUGGCUGAUGGCAGAGGGCCCCUUCCACCGCCUCUCAGCAUUGUUCAUUCCCCACAGGAGGAAAUGUAUGAAGUCAGUGGGCUCUCUCCAGGAGGUCUGAGCUAUAUGGAUGGACGGUCAGACUCAAUAUCCACAAGGCUCUCAAACUGUGAUCCUCCUCCUUCAUAUGAGGAAGCCACUGGUGAGAUCAGUUUGAGGAGAAGUGAAACUGAACAACAUUUAGAUCCACCCCCCCAGUACGAAGACAUUGUGAACUCCAGUUCAGCCAGUGCCAUUGCACUCUCUCCUAUUGUCACCAACACUAAGUAAAGCAAGAAGAAUGAUACUGACUUUUCACAAGUUACUAAUUGUUUUGUAGCACUUUAUCUGGGCUUAUUAUGCAUUUCUAUAAUUUAAUGGACUUGUACAAUGAACUUCACUUCUGGUUUAGAUUCACUUGUUCUGUGGGUUUGGGGUUUUUUUCCUCUACAGCAGGUCUUAAAAGAGAAGGAAUCUGUGUUGAGAAUGUAAUGCAGGUGCAAAUGUGGUUCUCUGUCAUGCUUCUCAAAAGUACUUCUGCUUUGAGGGAUGUCACUUGUUUUAUUCUGAGCACUGUCCAUAUUCCCCACAAGAUGCGUGGGAUCCCCUUCCCCUUUCUUUCUGCAAACUGUCAGCAUUGCCUAAAACAGGGAGUCCUUAAGCAACAUUAUAGAUAGUUAGGCUACAGAGGACUGAUUUGGCGGUAUUGCCUCUUGUCUGGUUGAUUACUUUUUCUCACUUGGAUUUUUCUUACAUGCUGCACCCCAUCCUGGGCCCUCAGAAGGCUGAGAAGCAGUAUAUGCCUUGGUGUUCAAACCAGCAUCUCCUUAGAGUAUGAUGGCAUAAUAGCAAUAAUUUCAGAGUCCUAGUAGUAGAGGUGUAUAAAUGUUUAGAAGCUAACAAUUCAAGACAGUAGUUACUAAAUUUAAUAGUGUACUUUUCUGUCUGUAUUCUGCCUUUCCUCGCUGUAUUCCUGUCUUUUUUUACUUGUGUAUUCUAUAGGUAAGAAGUGUGCGUGUUGACUUCAGAACUUGAAAGUUCAUGAGACGGUUAAUAAUGAAAUGCUGAAAGACUCAUGAGCGUAUGAAAUCCUGAUCAUAGUAUAGACUAGGACCAGGAUAUUAUCCAUAAACACAUGAACCCAAAGGUAUUCCUUUCCUUCAUAAAAAGGAAAAAAAUUGAAAGCAUUAGGUGUGUGUGACUUUUUUUUUUUUUUUUUUUUCCCAACCAUGAAAUAAAAACCCUUUCUUCAAAUCCUGGUGGCUAUGAAAAUCCUCUGCAGAGAAUAUAGAUACUUUUUUCCAGAACCAAAUACAUUUGUUGCUUAUUCAUUCCAACAAGGUUCUUCUGUUGCAAAAGCUAACACUAUGCAUUGCAAUAAAAUAAAACAGCUUACAUUUUUCAUUGUUUCUAAGAACAGUGUAGUGUUUUUAUCUAUGACAUGAAUUCUCAAUGCAUGUUCUGUUCUCAGUGUACAGAAGUUGUUUUGUUUUUUCCAGAGCUCUUAGGUUACAGGUGCUCAUCAGAGUAAAAGGUGCUGGGAAGCAUGUUAGUCCAGGCUGGCUCCAGAAGUUGUGUGACCAGCUUGCUUCUGCUGUCACCAAUGAUGAGCUGUGGAAUGCACCUGACAUAGGGCAGAACAGUGAGGAUUCACAUUGCUGGAUUUCUAAGGGCACAACCCAGGCACAGUGCCAAGCAUUAGUUUAGAGUGACUUUUUCGAUACUAGAGAAGAGCAGGUUUCUGACAAACUUGGUGCAGGUAGUAUAGAGUCUUGGACAAAAUAUCAGCCACCUGGUUUAGACACUGAUGAUGUUAAGCUGGUGCAAGCUGUAUUGUGGUGAUUCUUUAUUCCCUGCUUAAUUUAGAAUCAUUGAAUUUUCAGGGUUAGAAGGGACCUUUAAGAUCAUCUAGUUCCAGAUCCCAGUAUGGGCAGGGACACC